AACGAUGCAGUUAAACUAAAAUUAACCUAACCUAACCCUAAAACUAACUAUUGAGCACGCUAAGUAGUUACUUCAAAUGUUUUCACAAUAGAAUAAAUGUACUUAUGAUUUACCUUUUUUACUUAAGGUGUAAGAACACAUUAUGUACAUUUAUGCACCAAUUCAAACAACAGUUUAACUUUUAAGUGCUCCUACAUUUAACUGAUUUUUUUUUUCUCGUUCUCCAACUUAAGGUGCAGCUCCUAUUAUGAUGGCUGAGUUAAUGGGGUACUAUAUGACGGUCCUUUCAACUGUGGUCUUCUGGUCUCUCCCUUAUAAUACAUCUUCCCUCAAUCUGGAUGAUCCAAACGUCUGCAGUCACUGGGAGAGUUACUCAAGGAUGGUGACGGAGUCUUAUGCUUAUAGUUUUGAUCAGAUUUAUUACACCAACUGUCCAGACAUCCUCAAAUGGUUCAAGUGCACCAGAUACAGGGAGAUGUAUCGGACAGCUUAUCGGAGAGGAGAGAAAAUCAUGUACAGGAUAAAGUCACAGUGUUGCCCAGGCUUCUUUGAAAUUGGAGAGAUGUGUGCUCCACAUUGUGAAGACAGCUGUGUUCAUGGCAGUUGUAUGGCACCCAACACCUGUCGAUGUGAACCAGGCUGGGGGGGUUCCAACUGCUCCAGUGCUUGUGACAGUGACCACUGGGGCCCCCACUGCAGCAAUAGAUGUCAAUGUAAGAAUGGAGCACUAUGUAACCCUAUUACUGGAUCCUGUAUCUGCACUCCUGGAUACAGAGGCUGGCGCUGUGAGGCCCAAUGUGAAACUGGUUCUUAUGGGAAUGGGUGUCAAUGGACAUGUCAAUGCCAGAAUGGGGCCAUCUGUCAUCAUGUGACUGGAGAAUGCAAUUGUUCACCAGGAUACACAGGAACUUUGUAAGUAAGGUGAAAUGGAAAAAAUGCAGAAACAUAUAUACAU